AUGUACCAACAUCUUACUACCUUACAGGGUGCUCGAGAUGCUGUUAUCUCUCUUUCAUUUUCUCCUCAAGCGAAGUUCAUCGCCGCUGCAGGUUAUGGCGGCGUCACAGUCUGGGACCUUGAAUCGUUCGAAGCUAUACCAAUUCCUAACAGCAUUUAUAACCCACGCAAUCCCGAUCAUGUUUACGCGGCCUCUGCUUGGCUGCAUUUCGAACAAGCAGAUCGAUAUGUCCUCCUUUUGGGAUCGCAGGGGGGGACAGUAUCUAUCCUGCAAUGGGAUGAAAAAGACAAGGUCUUUCGUUCAAUGGUCCGCGUCAUUCCUGUACCCUCGGAUUUCCAGGUCCUUUCCAUCGACGUGUACCAGGCCGAAAUUGCGAUCGGAAAACUCGCCCGCGUUGUGGUCGCAACUUCUGACGAUCGAACUACGGUUUCUUCUUUGUCUUCAUCUGGGGAAUUUCGGGAAAUAUACUCAGUUUCCGUCCAAGAUUUUACACUCAUCGCUGCAAGGUUCUGCAAAAAGACCGCAGAUGUUUAUGCUUUUGAACUGAAUGGUGGCACAAUAUUGAGACUCGACGACAAAAGUGGUGAUAUCAAAUCGAACCAGAAAUAUGGACCUGACCCCAUGGGAACCGUAUGUACCGAUGACUCAAGUGAACUGUUUGUGGCGUGCACCGGCCAAGAUUUCCAAAUGUUCCGGCUCGAUACCAUUGAGCACAUACGAACAUUCUCAGGCCCGGAGCCUGUAGUCCUCUUCCCAAAGGUUGUAACAUUUGCCGAGGAUGGAACCGUCCUGAUUGCAGGCACUGACAAGGGGCGUGCUGUGGUCUUUGACGUCACAAGUGGUGCCAAGAUUCAACAUCUCAAAUAUAACAAGGGUGGUUUGGUUCAACCUGUCGCCGCAUGCACAACCACAGAAGGGUUUCUGGUGGCCAUUGCAGGAUCGACUAUGCAAGCUUCAUCUGACGUCGAGAUUUAUAUAAAGAGUCAUCUCCCCACUUCAACUUCUAAGUCCAACGGUAAUGCGGGAGCGAGUCUUCAUUGCACGUUCGCGGACAGAAGCUCUGUGUUUCGGUAUAUCUUCAUGACCCUCGGGAUAUUGUUGAUGCUCCAUGGUCUUUAUUUUUUGGCUCUUACUCAUGCUCCUUGGGUAUGUUACUGUACUGUUUUCCUCGAGCUGAUCUACGACGUGACAUUUUUGGCCAUUCCAGGUACAAUCCAUGUUGCAAGCUAA